CUGAAUCAAGAGAUUGUUGUUUUGUAGUUGUCAUUAAAUAAGUAUUUACAAUUUCCAAAAUUAAAAACUUUAUUAUUAAGUGUUAAUUGGAUUCCUAAAAAAAUGGGAAAUUCCCCGACAUCUCAACGAAGGGCUACGUCUCAAUCGCGCCGAAUAAGCCAGGAAUCUAGGAUAACCAAUACUAAUCCAAUUAUGACCAAUAAUGAUGAAAGAGAACAGUUUCCAGCAGGAAAUGGUAACACCAACAACUUAUCAGGCAAAGAAACGGACAACUUACAAAUCAAUAAAAAUUACAAGCAUAAUUUAAACAAUGGCCCAAGCAAAACUGUUGGAUCACCUAGUGCAGUUGAUUCCUGGUGCUUGGUGUAUUCUAAAUGUAAUGAUCCAGAAAUACCAUCCAAUAUAAAUAUGGAUUUUGCUAAUAUAAACCCUACAACAAAUUUAUCUGAAGCAACUAGUCCUCCGAAUAUUGUACCAACAAAUAAUGUCCUUGAUAAUGAAUUGUCUGAUAAAGACCAGAGUUUUGAGGAUGAUGAAAUACAACUUAUACCAUCAGUUUUAAGUACAGAUGAAACUGAAAACUGGCUUCCUAUGAUGUUACAAACUAAAAUUUUGUAUGUACCAAUUCAAAAUGGAACAAAAAGCUAUGAAUAUGUUGCAGAAAAAUUUUAUGGUACAGCUGUAAAGCAGAAUUUUAAGAUUGAAAAAAUUGAAUUAAUACAGAAUCCAGUAGCAUUUGGGAAAUAUUUAUUGAAAAAACAAGAAUUGCAGUCACGUUAUGGAAAUGUAGCUGAAGAACUUUUAUUUCAUGGAUCGUCAGUGGGGAACAUUUUAAGCAUCUGUAACAAUAACUUCAAUUGGCGUCUGUGCAUCAAUUCUAAAUACGGUCAUGGAAUAAGUUUUUCUCCAAUUUCAACUUAUGCUUGUUAUAGUUGUGAAAAAACUCCAUAUAAGCAAAUGCUGGCUUGCUUAGUGCUCGUAGCAAAAGAGUGUGUGGGAGUGACAGGAAUGCAAUUGCCAGAUUUAAUUGAAGAUGGAUUAUGGUGUGAUACAGCAAUUAAAAAUGAUGAAAGUAAAUCUGUAGUUGUAAAGUUCAGUGAUCAUGAAUUCUAUCCCUUAUAUAGGAUUACUUUUACUGGUUUUGUCAAACAGAACAAUGCUCUUGUAAGAAGACGAUAGAUAUUAUUUGUCAUAAAUAUGAUAUUUAUAAAUGUAAGCAACUACUUAUAUUCUGUUUUAUUCAUUCAUG